ACCUUCUUUAAUUUUAUAUAUAGCUACAAGCUAAGCUAAGACAGCCAUGGAAGAAGAACAUGCCAUCACAACUCCGCCGUGCUCCUCCGCCACCUCCUCCUCUGCAAAUUCCGACGGUUCAAAUUCUCCGGCGGCCGCCACCUUUCCUAAGAAGAGCUUGAAGAGAGUUAAAGAGGGCAAGGGUGGGGACGAAAAGGAGAAAAGAAGGAAAAAUUCAGGGGCCGAUUUGAAAUAUCCGAGUUAUAGCGGGGUGCGAAAGAGAAUUUGGGGAAAAUGGGUGUCCGAAAUUCGAGAGCCUAAAAAGAAGUCGAGAAUAUGGCUGGGGACGUAUCCCACGGCGGAAAUGGCGGCUCGCGCCCACGACGUCGCGGCUUUAGCCAUCAAGGGCCACUCGGCUUCGCUCAACUUCCCUCACUUGGCUCACCACCUCCCCCGCCCGGCUUCCACUUCCCCCAAGGACAUCCAAGCCGCCGCCGCCAGGGCAGCCGCCACCACAUUCCCGUCGGCGGACGACGGAGCCCAGCCGAUGAGAGCCGCCGAGAACACCCAACAACAUUUUCCGACAACCAAUGUCGACGAUGACACAGUUUUCGACCUACCGGAUCUUUCCCUCAUGGACGAUGAGUACGGCCAGAUUUCACCGUCGCCGCUCGCCGGAAACAAUGCCGGAUUCCAGCUCGAUGAGCCGUUUUUAUGGUAGUAUGUACUAUUUCUAGCUUAGCUAGCUAGAUGAAUUCACGAUAUAAAUACAUAAUUUCUCUAGCUACUAUAAGUGAGUUUAACUCCACGUGCUAUAUCUAUAAUUACAUGAUUUUUGCGAAA